GGUUGCCAAUUUGGGUUCAAGAUGGCGGCUCUGGCGGCCACGAAAAAUUCGAUCUUGGGUCUUCCGACCCUGGUGAUCCGGAGCAGUGCAAGUACAGUGGUAUGUCUGCAGCCCCAUCGAUCCAAAGCGACCUAUCAUCACUCCCUCGUGCCCAAGGGUAGGGGAGGCAGGUCCUCCUUCAGCGGUAUAGUAGCAGCCGUCUUUGGGGGCAAUGGCUUCCUCGGAAAGUAUAUCGUCAAUAGGCUCGGUCGAGAGGGUUCUCAGGUUGUCGUACCCCAUCGAUGCGAUGAAUACUAUGUGCAACCCAUGAAGCUGAUGGGAGACCUGGGCCAGAUCAUGUUCAGGCAAUACAAUCUUCGUCAACAUGAUUUGAUCAGAGACAUCGUUGGAAACUGCACUGUGGUUGUCAAUCUACUGAGUAAAGACUACGAGACGAGGCACUUUACAUUUGAAGACAUCAACAUCGAGGCCCCUCGUAACCUGGCCAAGAUCUGCAAAGAGGCUGGUGUACCAAGACUAAUUCAUGUGUCAGCCUUGGGCGCUGAUAUGGCCUCUCCAGCCAAAUUCCUUAGAACAAAGGCUGCAGGAGAGAGAGUCGUAAGGGAAGAGUUUCCUGAGGCUGUCAUAGUCAGGCCGGCUCAGAUGUUUGGAAGAGAAGAUAGAUUCUUCAACCAUUUUGCAAACCAGAGGUUCUUUGGCGGUGUUCCUUUGUUCCCGUCUGCCAGGAGAGUUGUCAAGCGACCGGUAUACGUUUCUGAUGUAGCCCAAGCCAUCAUGUCUAUCAUUAAUGAGAAAGAGGCAGACGGCAAGACAUAUGAACUGGCUGGACCUAAUGGUUACCUCCUGACCGACCUGGUGGACUUCAUCUACCGUGUGACCCGCCGACCCUACAUCAGGUACCCUGUACCCCGCCCCAUCCUGCGUCUCAUCGCAAGCGGGUUUGAACUCACGCCCUUUGACCCCUUCCUCACCCGAGACAUGCUGGAACUGCAACAUACGACCGAUGUCGUCCAGAGUGGUAUGCCCGGACUGGAGGAUCUCAACGUCACGCCGACCACUGUCGAGUAUGCUGCCAUCAGGGGCCUCCGAAGACAUCGCUCUGAUAGAUACUUUGACCUUGGAAUCGACGAGGUCGAGGGCCCGGUCAUAGCCAAAUAAUGACGGCGGUUAAUUAGGUCUUUAUGCAAGAAUACACAAUUUGUUGAAUAAGGAAAGAAAAGUGAAAUAUGUUUUAUGGCUCAUGAGUGAAACUCGGAUAGUCUAAUAAAUUGUAUCAUUGAUAAGGCAUUUAUUCUAAUUCUAAAAUCUUGGAAAACAAUGGAAUGCAUGAAAGAUUUUGAGUGAAUGUAAAGUGACAAUUGAAUUUUAAGAAACACAUAUUUCUGUUACAAGCAUUGUUACACAAAUGCAUGCAGAGUUUACCUGGAGUUAGUUCAUCCACUGGUCAUUUUCAACCCAAAGUAUCAAAAUUUAUGUUUACAUUUUAUCUAAACUUAAAAUCCAAUUUAAGAGUGGAAUGGCAAUAGAGCAUCACAUAACUCUGUAAUAUCAUUGAAUAAGGAUCGGUUAAAAAGUAAAAAC